UACGCUCUCUCAUCGUCAAAAGUGAGCGGGUUUGGAUGGUGAGUUAUGUGGUUACUCUACUCUUAGGUCAGGAGGGCACAAUGGAAAAUCAGGGAGGGUUUAUGUGGGUGACUGAAAUGUGAUUUACAUUUUAUAAAGUUCCUCUGGGGUCUGCUCAGUGACAAGGGGGGUCUGGAGGGGGCCAGAGUGAAGGCACUGGUGCAAGGGACCCCUGGCACAGACGGGGGCCUGAGAGUCACUUGAGACCCUCAGUGUGAAAUUCCUCCUUUCUGGGGCCCUCCCUGCUCGGAGAGGGGCCCCAGCUGCGCAGCCCAGUCAGGCCUGACCUUGAGCGAGGCCAGCCUGGCUUCCAGCCACGAGGCUGGAUCAGAAAGGGUGGAGAAAUCGUGCAUUUCCCGGUUGACGUGGAAGGGAUCAGGUUACCUUCUGGUCCGCAGACAGAAGGGGCUGUUCUUGGGAGGGCGCGUAGGAAGCAGGGACUGAUGGAGGGGCCCCGGCUGCUUGUCCAGGGGGGUAUGCAAGAAAGGCCGAGCCGGGUCUUGCAGCUCGGGGACCGACCGUGAGCAAGUUCUCAGGAGAGGGGAGGCCGGGGACGUGGAGCUGGGAGGGCAGGCCGAGCCAGAGCCUCCCGGCCAGCGGCGGCCAGGCACAAGGGAAGCGCGCGGGGCUGAGGGGCGCGCGGGGCCGAGACUCCCGGAACCCCGUCUCGGCGGUGGGACGGGCGACCUGCGAGCUUCGAGGACACCGACCCUGCCCGCCGCCGGAGGCUGCGCGUCUGCCCCGCGGCGCCCCUCCUCCACCGCGUCCCCUCCCCUCCCCGGGCUCCCUCCCCCCACGGAGCCCGGUCCCCGCCUCUGGGCGCCAUUCCUCGCCGUCCGCCCUGCGCCCCGCCAGCGUCUCGCCAUGGCCGGCCCCGGGCCGCGACCCGCCAAGGGCUACCGGGUGGUGCUGCUCGGCAGCGUGGCGGUGGGCAAGACGGCGCUGGCCACGCAGUUCGCCUGCGGCAGCUUCCCCGAGGAGUGCGAGCCGUCGGUGGAGGAGCUGUUCAGCAAGGUGAUCGAGGUAAACGCAGCGCCCGCGCUGCUGGAGAUCGUGGACACGGUGGGCGCCGAGCACCUGGUCACCCUCAAGGACCUGUACAUCAAGAACAGCGACGGCUUCGUGGUGCUGUACAGCGUGUGCAGCGAGGCCUCGUUCGAGGCCGUGCGGCCGCUGCGGGAGCGCAUGGGCCGCCUGCGGGGCCCCAAGGCCGUGCCGCUGGUGCUGGUGGGCACCAAGGCCGACCUGGACGCCGAGCGCCAGGUGCUGACGGCGCGGGGCCGCGCGCUGGCCCGCGAGUGGCGGUGCCCCUUCCUGGAGGUCACGGCCAAGAGCAAACUCAUGGUGGACCAGGUGUUCACGCAGGUGGUGCGCGAGAUGGAGGCCCUGGCCCCUCCCGAGGAAGAGGUCCGGGCUGUGCCCACGAACGCCCAGGAUACGUGGCCGGCGGAAAGGUUCAUUGGCUAAUAUGCAACGGUUCGUUUUUAUAUGUUCAUCGCUCUUCGUGAUUUCCGAAGCUCAGUGUUCCCUACUCUGCCUUUUAAACGAAAGCUAGUUACCCAGCCGGAAAGAAGCGGUUACGUCGACACAUGAACUCAAGCCAGUGCUUCCCACUGCCUGCACAGCUUCUGAAAUCUUUGGUGAAAACUUUGCAACUCUGUUUUCCUCGGACAGUGCUAUAAGAAGAAACCAAAAAAAUCUAACAUUUUCCCCUCGUGUGGAGAGAAUACUACCCUUUUGCUUCCAGUGGAAUUGGUUACAGGUUUCUAAAAAACAACGAACACCUUCAAAUGUUAUCAGACAUUUGAAAUCGAUGUAGGGGGAUGAAGUAAAGAGUUUAAGCUUUCUAGUCAGUGAGGUUUUCAUGUGUUUCUGUCUCAUUCACAGCCUGGAAUCGGGGCAGUAAUAUUUUCCUCUCUGCGUAUUUCUAAAUAUAGUUAUGACAUAUAUAGCAUCGCUUUGAAAGGGGUAUUGUAUACCCGGGAGGGCAAAGCAACUGUGUCCUCACACGGAGAGAGCUCGGCUCUGCCUUCAGUUUUCUAACUGACAUCCAGUGGAUUUCUGCCUCUGUAAAUCGAGUAAAAAUAAAACUGACUUUAGAAGUUUCUAGUUUUUGAUGUUUGUCUUUCAAAUACGUAAAAGCUACAAUUCUUAAUGUUUCCAUACACUGUCGCUUUGCUUUUCAGUGAUUUUCCAGGAAACGAGUUAGUAACUAGAGGGAAAAUGGCACCCCAUCAUCUCCUGUGUUUUUGCAAAAGUGCUUUCAGGAGUCAGUGGUUUUUCUUGUUUGGUGGAGUAGGACAUUUUGUAUCUGAAUACCUGCAUAGUUUAGGCCUCACUUGACUGAAAUGUACGAAUCUUUUUGUAUCGUUUUCACAUUAAAGACACAAGAGACUUUUCUUGCGCUGGUUUGAAAAUAUUGUUUCGUAAUUUAAAAAAUGUGUCUUGAUAUGAGUUGCUUGUGCUUAUUUGCACAAGUUCAUUUUAUCUCACCCAUUGCAAUAAGUUUUUCAAAUUUAAAAAUGUAAGCAUUUCAACAUCCUUCUUAAAGAAAUAAACAAGAAAACUCAAAACUG